CCACUCUCUCCAGUUCAGUAUAUGUAUAUAUACUUCUAUGCAAUUAGAUAGAGGGAAAAAUGCAAAUACCCCCGGAACCCUAACUCCUAACGGCGGAGAUGGUCCUAAUUUCUGCGGUUGUUCAGGAGACACUAAAGCAGGCCAUGUCUGGCCUGAUUGGCAAGCAGGAAGAGAGAACACCGGACGAGAAGGAGCAGCACAUGGAGAGGCUGGAGAUGGCGCAGAUCAAGCUGGAGGCCGCGCUCGAGGCAUCUCGCCGAUGGCAGAUCAGGGAUGCGUCGCUGCUGCGCUGGCGCAGGAAGCUGAAGCGUGCAGCUCUGGAGUGCGACGACACGCUGCGCGAGUGCAAGCAGCGUGCCGUCCAAGAGGAAGCGAGAGAGCAGGAGGCGAGGAGCUCCUUCCCCAGGCGCCUGGCUCAUGCCACCAAGUCACUCGUCACCGGUUUCUUCAGCCAUGGCUCCGACUCGAGCGGCAGCUCCGCUGCUGUUCGAAGGUUCGAGUGGUUCGCCAACGGCGCCAGCGAGUUCCUGAGCUUCGUGGAGCUCGGCGGCACGCCACGCCGGUACACGCUGGUCGACCCUCUCAUCGGGCGCCUCCUCUCCGGCCAAGAGCUACGGUACAGAGUUGUCCGGAGAAACCAGUACCAUCUGUUCUGUGUGCGUCCCAUUCGCCUGGACGACCGUGGGGUGGAGGCCAAGCUCCUCUUCGUGUCCGAAGACGAUGAGGCGCCGGAGAAGAACCUGUGCCUAGGCUCCAUACUGCGGCUUUCCGAGAGCACGGACAUAGUUGGGACCAUCGUCAAGUGCUUAGAGCUUCUGGUCACUCCCCAUUUCAAGCCCACGGCUGAAUCUGCUCGCAAGGAGAUCGCCCAGCUGCCGACGCAGGACUUCUCGUGGGUGCCAUAUGUUGAGUCCAGCCACAAAGAACACUGGAACAACAUCCACAGCAGCCUGACCCAGUGGUUCCGCCCAAACCCACUGUGCUGCAAGCAGUGUGAGUGGAAACCCUCCGACAGCAGCAGCAGCAGCAGCAGCACACCCGCAAUGAGACUGUCAGGUGUCUCUGAUCUAGAACCAGUUAUUGAAGUGUUCCUGCAGCGGCACAUCCCACUCUCUGAGUACAGCAUGCAUCGAAGCAAAGCUGUUGAAGGUGAAAGCUCUUGUCUGAAGAAUUUGCCACAUCUGAAACUUGGGCUCCUCUUCUCCCCCCAUGGCUCCUCCGAAGACCUGGUUCCUGCGGUCGAGAGCUCUGCGACUGAGGUGAUCGACGGCGAGUUGCAGAGUGGUAUGCACAAAAACAUCAGCCUGGAGCAGCUGGACGAGUUCAUGCUGCCUAAGGCAAUCGACUGUCUUCACCGGAAGCCCGAGGCGACGUCGUAUCAGAUGUUAUGGAAGUCUAAGCAUGGAACUGCGUUCCUUCAGGUUGAGAAGACAGGCUUGAAGAAGAUGCCACCGAAACACAUUAGAGGCGUUGGGAGCAGAAGGUCGAUGAUCCAGCAACGCCGAGACCCCAAGCUAGAGAGAUGGAUACAGGUGGUCACAGACUUUCUCAAUCUGUGGGUUUCACACGCACCUCCUAGGCUUCGGGGCUCCAUCGUGGAAUGGGUCAACAAGGCGAAUGAAAUGCAACUACCGCGCCCGGCGAACUAGUCCAUGAUAAUUGUUUGAAUAUAAGACAUUAUAAUUUCAAUCCUUAUUGUCCUCGUUUA